CUUUAUUCUAAUAAUUAAAUAAGCAAAUAAUUUACUAAUAAGUAAUAACUAUUUUUACCUAAAAAAUAGAAAUUUCGUUAACCAAAAGCAUUAUGAGUUCAGAGCUGGAAAAAGUAACUGAAGAUAUUGAUCGAGCAGUUCAUUUACUCGAUUUACUGAAAUCUAGAUAUUUUUUUUUGAGAGCUAAAUAUAAUAUAGACCUUAACUCUCAGACAGUAUAUACAUCUAAAGAUACUCAAUCAGAAUAUCAGUAUUUAUCUAAUGAUCUUCAAUCAUUUAUCAUGCUGGAACUUCACCUUUUAGAAUAUGCUUGUACUUAUGGUAUUUAUUCCAUGAAUAUGUACGCAACUCGUCUAAAAACCAAUUUAAAUUACAAUGACAAAGAUCAUUUCUUUUUAAAACUUCUUAAAGAUCACUUACGGAGCUUAAUCGAAACUAAUACAGAUAUUAAAAAUCUUUCUGUGGAUUCUUACGAUAGUUUUACUUCAUAUAUAAAUUCAUUCAAGGUUUAUGCCAAUGUUUUGAAUAGUGUUAAUGAAUCUAAUAUCACUCUAUUAAAUGAAACUGAUACAAACAGGAAAAAAAAUAAGCUGAUGAAGAAAAUUUCAAAAAUCAAUUUGAUGUCAAAUAUUAUAACGCUAUUUGUAUCAGACUAUAUUUCAGACUAUAAAACUGAAGAAGGACGGGCAGCUUUGAAUAUGAGUUUAAAGUAUAGAACUCCUAGAAGUAUAGAUUAUUAUACAAAAAAAUGUAAUUCAAAAUAAUAAGAAUUCUUGAAUAGUUUUA